CCCCGUCAGGCGCCGCGCCGCUGCCUGCGGGGCCCAGUCGCCAUGAGCGGGGCGCGGGGGCCGCUGGGGAUGUCGCUGCGGGCGGCGCGGCCGGGCUGGCUGUGGGGGGCGGCGGCACUGCUGGCGCUGGGCGCCCUGCUGGGAGCCUGGCGCUGGGCCGGCGGGCGGUGGCGGGCGGCGGAGGGACGCCGCCGCCGCCGCUUGCAGCGGGUCGGGACGGUGUCGAGUCUCUUCGUGUACCCGGUGAAGUCGUGCCGGGGGGUGUCGGUGCGGCGGGCGCAGGUGACGCCGAUGGGGCUGCGGAGCGGGGAGCUGCGGGACAGGUUUUGGCUUGUGACCAAGGAAGAUGGGCACAUGGUUACAGCUCGCCAGGAGCCACGGCUGGUCCUCAUCUCUGUCAGCUGUGAAAAUGGGCACUUGACCUUGGAUGCCCCAGAAAUGAAGAAGGUGUGCUUGCCCUUAAAGCUCCCCAGGAAAAAUCCUGUGCACAACUGCAGAGUGUUUGGACUGGAUAUCCAAGGCAGGGACUGUGGAGAUGAAGUGGCUCAGUGGAUCACCACCUUCCUAAAUUCAGAGCCAUAUCGACUGGUGCACUUUGAACCCUCCAUGCUGCCAAGAAAGUCUAAGGACAUAAUAAGCCUUUUCCGAACCACAGAUGAGGUUGCCUAUCCUGACUGUAGCCCAGUCUUGAUCCUCUCGGAAGCUUCACUGGAAGAUCUAAAUAGCAGGCUGGAGCAGAAAGUUAAGAUACAGAACUUCAGGCCAAAUAUUCUUGUGACAGAUUGCAGUGCUUUUGAGGAGGACACCUGGGAGGAGAUUCUUAUUGGUGAUGCGGAGAUGAAAGGGACAGUGUGUUGUGCCAGGUGUAUUUUAACAACUGUUAACCCAGACACUGGGGUCCUGGACAGGAAGGAGCCCCUGGAAACCUUGAAAAGUUACCGCUUAUGUGAUCCGUCUGAGCGACACAUACACAAAUCCAGCCCGCUCUUUGGAAGAUACUUUGCUAUUGACAAAACUGGAACGAUUGAAGUUGGAGACCCUGUGUACAAGAUGGUCAAAUAAUGAGAGGGAUUUUGAUCAGCAGAUAUCUUCACUUUGAUAUGCAAAUUGUUUUUCAAUGAAUCACCAGCAUAAGUUUUUCUUAUUCCUUGCAA